CUGGUAAUCAAUAUCAUAUCUCGUUUUGUUUUUAGGACACGCGAGGAGAUUGUUGGCUUGUUCUACAACCACAUAAAAGCGGUCAAUGAAAUUUAUGAGGGUACCAACUUUAAUGGGAUCAAGGGGCUCCAUUUCGUCAUUCAGAGAACAUCGAUUUAUACACCAGAAACUUGCGAUCGAGGUCGUCCUGUUGCUGGUAGUGACAAUCCCUUUUGUGAAGAAAAUGUAGAUGUAUCAAACUUUUUGAAUCUGAACUCACAACGCAAUCACUCCGCUUUCUGCCUUGCAUAUGCACUCACUUUUCGUGAUUUUGUUGGAGGUACUCUUGGAUUGGCAUGGGUGGCAAGCCCACAAUACAAUACUGCUGGAGGUAUCUGUCAAGUGUACCAGCGUUACAAUGAGGGAUCGAGAGGAUGGGUUUUUCGUUCUUUAAAUACAGGAAUUGUAACUCUUGUCAACUACGGGAACCGUGUGCCGACACGAGUUUCGCAGCUUACACUUGCACAUGAAAUUGGACAUAACUUUGGAUCACCACAUGACUACCCUUUAGGCAACUAUUUGAACGGUCUUACAUACUUUGAAUGCCAGCCAGGCCUGCCUGAUGGCAACUUCAUCAUGUUUGCUUCCGCAACAUCCGGUGACAAAGUCAAUAAUGCUAAGUUUUCGCCAUGUUCGGUGGCCAACAUCUCUAGCGUACUACAUGUAGUUCUGCAAUCUGUACCUAUUGAUCCCACUCGACAUGCUGGACCAGUUGGAGCUCUAAUGAAGCGUAAUUGCUUCCAAGAAAGAACAUCGGCGUUUUGUGGAAAUCAAAUUUGGGAACCAGGAGAGGAGUGCGAUUGCGGCUUUUCUCAAGCUGAUUGCGAUCAGAUGGGAGAUAAAUGUUGCAUGCCACACGAAUCAACAAGAAAUGGCUUUAGCGUGGUAGGGCCAUGUAAGAGG